AUGGGUAUUGGAGAGCCUGCGGGCAAACGACAGCGUCUCAACGACAGCGGCGAGGGGCGGAUUGGACAGCUUCUGGGACGUCCCUCUGUUGCGAAUUGGGACUCAAGCUUCUCUUUCGACAUGCCUCCCGCUAUUUCCAACCCCUCCAACCCCUCCAUGGCCCUCGAUAUAACGAAAUAUAUUCCGGUGGGAUGUUUACGAAUCCAUAGGUCGAAAUGCUCAAUAUCUGCGGAACAUUGGGAGUCAUGCAGUACUUGGGCAACAUUUGCUCACCCACAAGACCUGUUUAAACCUACAGGACAAUAUUUGUCGGGCACUAUACAAGGGGCCUUGCUCAAUUCGCCAGUUUUAUCACAUUUUCGCGGUCUUCAUUACGCAGGAUGGAUCAAAAUGGAAUUCAAGAGCCAAGGCAGCUGUUUUGGGCAAGCAAGAGUGUUCAUUCUGCCCGAUGAUGUUGGGCGUGUCUCUAUUUCCCGCGAGAGUCUUGUCCUGCGCCGGUCAAUGCAACAGCUGUUAUCAAUAUUGGACGUUUCCAGGGCUACCUGGAGAGGCGAAUGGUCCGAUGAUAUCCCAGUCACGCAUAUUGAUUCUACUUUGGAUGAAGACAAGGUUGAGGAAAACAUUUCACUUUUUCAUCUGUUUAACACACUGCCAUCUCCGAAUCCAGAUCCAAAAGCCAUCGCGGAUGGAUAUGCCAAGCACGCUAUGUGCAAAAUAUUAGGUAGCGAUAUUGAAGGAUUGAAGACUACCAUGUAUAAUUACCAACGCCGUUCCGCAGCGAUGAUGCUUCAACGCGAAGUCCAACCCGGACAAACCCUCGACCCGCGCUUGAAGUGCCUGGAGGAUCAACGGGGAGCGACAUGGUACUGCGAACUCGAUGCUGGCUCAUGCCGCACCGAAGCUAGAAUAUAUGAAGCUGCGAGAGGUGGCAUAUGUGCGGAGACCAUGGGGCUGGGGAAAACUCUGAUAUGCUUAGCUCUCAUCUUGGCGACAAGAGAUGUACCUUCGCAAAUCCCCGUAGAAUAUUCCGUCGGAACAAUUCCAGUGCGAAAGUCUACCGGAUCGUUGGGAAAUAUGGCUGCCGCUGCCGUCGGACGAACCGCAACGCCUUGGAAAACAUACUUGUCAGAUAUGCAGGGAGGAUACACGCAUGAGACAUGCGUAGACUUGAUCAAAAGAAAUGCCGGGCACUACUACCUCCCUAGUCCUGCGCCACGACGACAAUCCAGAAAUCCUGUGAUUAUUCCACCGAGGAAAAUCUGGCUGACUGCUGCUACACUCGUGAUCGUCCCAGCAAAUCUUGUCAAACAAUGGUGCCACGAGAUCAAGAAGCAUACAACAGGCCUCAAAUGUCUUAUUAUGGACGACAAAAAGAAAUCACUCCCUCCACCGGAAGAGCUAGCUGAUUUUGAUAUCAUUCUGUUUAGCAAAUCACGCUUCGAGCUGGAAGCAAAAGAUGGCAGUGAUAACAGUGGACGACGUAUGACAGCUACCCGAAUAAUUUGCAGAUGCCCAUACAUUAGAGGCACGAGAGAGAGAGACUGCACCUGUCUCAAAGAAGAAGCUGUUUAUCACUCGCCGCUGAAGUCGCUACAUUUCAAGCGAUUGAUCACCGAUGAAGGGCACACAUUCGGCAAUGCUUCUGCAAACUCUAGAACUAUAGCUGUUGGAGUUGUUGAUCUUUUGCAACUAGAUGCACGUUGGAUAGUGUCUGGCACGCCCACCCAGGGACUUUACGGAGCGGAAGUAACAAUAUCAUCUAAUAGCUCUUCUACAAUUGGGACACCCCUUCUUGAUGCCGAUGACAAUAACUCAGCUAUAAUGGAGGAACUAGAACAUUUAGAAGAUGAUAUCGCGUCGAAUUCGUCAAAGGAACGGGAGAUGCUCUUUCAUUUGCAAGAGCGCAAGGAUUUAGAGAAGCUAGGCAACAUUGCGAGUGUUUACUUGAAAGCUCGACCGUGGGCCCCUUCGUCCCACGAUACUGCGUCCUGGGCACAGCACGUAAUGCAGCCACGACAUGGAGCGAAGAGUCAAGGCAAUAUGGAAUGUCUCAGGAAUACUUUGGAAAGUAUGAUGAUUCGCCAUAGACCUGGAGAUGUAGAGCGUGAGGUCCAGCUUCCUCCACUGUACCAAGACGUCGUUUAUCUUGAUGGAUCGUUGCCAGAUACAUUAUCCUUGAACACCUUUUCAAUGAUGAUUAUUUGCAAUGCAGUUACAUCCGAGAGAAAGGAUGCCGAUUACUUUUUCCACCCUCGCCAGCGUUUACAUCUUCAGUCUCUGGUAUCCAAGCUUCGGCAAGCAUCUUUCUUUUGGUCUGGUUUCACGAAAGAAGCCAUCAAUGCUACGAUUGAUAUUGCUAAAGACUUCUUGGAGAAACGUGAAGUUGUUGUGAGUCAAGAGGAUGAGAAUUUAUUAAAGAUGGCAAUUGAAGUUGGCAAUGUGAUCCUCAAGAAUCGAACUUCUGGGGCGAUCCGCAAAUUCCACGAAAUGCCUAUGUAUGUUCAAAACGAAAUGCCGGAAGAGGUCCGACUUGCCUGGGCCCUCGACGAGGAUUCGAGAAAUCCAACCUUAAUGGGCGCGACCAUGAUUCACGAGGCGCAAAAGUUUGUUGAAUCUCAACUUUGGAAGCAUGAUCCGUCUGAGGGUAUGAUUGCGGCUGGGGAAAAGGCUAUGAGAGCCACACUCUUGGCACAGGAAUCUCCUCCUGAUGAUACCUCUCCAAGAAAGAGCAAGAAAAAUGGCAGAAAUAGCACUGGGGCAGCGCUUGAUUCAGCACCUGCGUUAGCUGGCGGCGUUGCAAUUGGAGAUGGCUCGAGUUUGAAGAAACGACCAUUGUUGAAACCAAUAAGUGCUGAAUCAAUAAGGGACAUGCUUCAUACGGCCGAAUCAUCAUUUGGGGAAGCUUUUGAAGAAGGGGGGCUUGAGCAGGAUGCAGCAGGCUCGAAUAAACACGAAGCAGGGGAUUCGCCCACUAAACCAAAGCCAUCGCUAAAGAAGUCAAAGAAGGCCGAGAACACUGGUACCCUCGACCCAUCAUCUUCUCUGGCCUCUGCAGCCAUUAUUUCUACGGCCUCGGCAAAGCUUUCUUACCUCAUGGAUCGUAUCCAGGUUCACCAUGAAGAUGAGAAAAUAUUGGUUUUCUACGAAGAAAACAACGUCGCCUACUACAUUGCCCAAGCCCUCGAAUGUCUAGGAAUAAAGUACCUCAUCUACGCCAAGACCCUGAGUAAGGCUCGUCUUUCUCAGUACAUCGUAACGUUUAAUCAAACAGAAACCUUUCGAGUUCUGUUGAUGGAUGUUUCCCAGGCUGCUUUUGGACUUGAUAUGAGUUCCGCGUCCAGAGUCUACUUUGUCAACCCUGUGUUCUCCCGACAGGUGGAAGCACAAGCAGUGAAACGUGCGCAUCGUAUUGGACAGACCAAACCCGUUUAUGUCGAGACUUUGGUUUUGAAGGGCAGCAUUGAAGAGCUCAUCCUUGAGCGUCGUAAAAAUAUCACUAACGAGGAGCACAACAAGAUGAAGAACAUCCUAGACGACCAGGCUAUCUAUGACUGGAUCCGAGAUGUACAAUUCUUGCCUGUCGCAGUUGAAGAUAUGCCGGGUCCUGAGCAUAUGGCGAAGCUUAGGACACCGCAGUCUGUAUUUGGCAGAGGUUCUGGUGCAAUCCUUCAUCCAGAUGCUGAUCUACUUAUGGGGGACUCGACUCUGGAUGGCGGUAGUAAGACUAGUGUUGAAGGUGAGACACUCCCAGGUGGUAAAUGGAAGGUUUUCGAAGAGUCUGUCCAUCCAUCAAUCCGAGAAAUUGAAGGAUACGAAUACGUCAGAAGUAACCCAAUACACGCUGUAUACAAACGUCGCAACCCAGGUCCCUCGAAAGCGGUGGUAUUUGAUAGUACUAAGCCCGCCGAAUCCAUCGUAUAUACUCCCCUAUACGAUCCUCCAUUUGACGCUACAUUGGAGGAGGAAAAAGAACUGAGAGAUGUUCUUCGGUCCGCUCGCUUGAAAAGGGAUUCCGACGAAGCCUUCCCUGAAAAGGAUAGCUCAGACGAUUCAACGUCAUCCGACUCAACGUCAUCCACUAAGCGUAAGGCAAUUGCUUUCGAUGACAAUGAACCUUAUGAAUUCACCAACAGGCCAGUCAAGCAGCAGGUUCGUUUCGAGGCUUCGCCUGUGUCUAGAAGCGACAUUCCGUCGAGCUUCUUCUCUGCUCAUUCUGGGAAGGGAAAGGGUCGAGAAUGA